AUGAAGGACUCUGAAAUCCCACACAUCAUUGGCCGCAAACGUCAAGACCUACACCCUCACAUCGCUGACGAUGGCUCUGAGAUUGCGCAGGAGAAAGAAUACUCUAUGGCCAAGCGUUUCAAGGACAUGUUAGAUCUCCCCUCGACUGGUAGAAGGAGGUUUCGAAAUUCAAGGCCUGGUCGCUUAGAAUACUUUCGAGCCUCUACAGCAUCCAGUGACGUUCGUGUUCAUGAACAUGGUCCUGCAUUUGUCGAAGAUUCAGACUUUGGGGUAGCACUUCAGGCUGGGUAUGGCUCCAACAUUAUGUUCGAAGAAUCAUAUGAGCAGGUCCGACACGAUCCUGAAUCAAGACAUCUUGAUACUCAGCCCCUCAUUUGUUUGGAUGAUGAAAUGCAACCAUUUCCCAGCUCUGGCUUCGACAGAAUUGGCGAGAUUUCCAACCAUACUACACCUAGUGUUUUCGACCAAGUCCGAGGCUUUUCCGAAACUGAUCCUCGUUCUCUACCACUUCCUCAUGACGAGAUCCAAUUCUCCCGCACUUUUGACAAUGAUAGCAUUGCUCCUCACGCACAAUCUUCAGACGAUGUUUCACAACAAGGCAUCGCUCAGAAUGAAAGCCAAGAGUCGGUCCUUCCUCAUCGUGAUGGGGGUUAUUUUACACAGCCCGCAGCUUCCCUUUUGGACUACGUCACACCCGAUACCUUUGACCGGGUCCAGGGCAAUCCCGAACUCGAGUCCUCUCCUCUCGUUCCGUGCGGUGUUUACGAUAGAACGUCUGGCUUUGACUUCGGCAGCAAUGGCGACGACGUCAUUUCUUUGGACGAUGUUGCGCAGAACGAAUCCUACGUUGGUGUUUGGAAAGAAGGCGAAGGGGUGGCUUUUGGUCCUCAUUGUGAUCAAGAAUCUUAUGCACAGACUCAUACAUCCCUUUCCGACCAAGCUAUAUCUGCUACCUUUGACCAAACCCAAGCUGGUUAUCACAAACUCGAGUCUCUUUUUCCUCCCGUUUCCUCCCGUUUCACUAUCUUUGACCGAACCCAAGCUGAUCAUCCCGGACUCGAAUCUCUUCCUCCAUACUUAUCCAGUGGAUUUGGCUUUGACAGCAAUGGUGUCAUUCAUACUGAGUCUAUAGAUCAUGCUUCACAAACCGGCCCUGAUGUUGGUGUUGAGCUUCAUCGUCAACUACAACCAGAUAUCAGCCAUAUUACACCUAAUACCUGUGAUAAAGUCCCGCACGACCCCGAAUUCGAGUCUCCUCUUAUUCCAUUCGUUGAUGAGACGCAAACAUCCUCUAGCCUUCAAUCUUACAACGAUGGUGAUCUGUUUACUCUUGUACAGUCUCUUGAAGAUGCUCCACAUACUGCGUGUUCCGACCUCCAUGGUCAAAUUACAGACGAAGAAAAUGGCGGAAGCCAAAGUCUUGGUCACGAUCAGAAUGAAUUUCAGUUGCAGCAUUCUAACGCGUCGCUUUCUAUCGAACCUGGGACUUUCGAUGUUCAGGUCGAUGGCUCCUACGCUGAUGCCGGUACCGUCUUCUAUAGCCAUGGCGCAGAGCCCUCAUACAUUCAACCUGAGACUCAGGCACAUUCUGAUCAUGCUUGCCAUGAUUCCGCCCUCGAGCCAGAUUCCUCUUACGUCCAUUCUGACUCCCGGACCAAACCCUUCCUCCUCUGCCGAUCCUGUCUCCCAAAAUGCGGCCUGCGUCCCUUAUGCCAUGACGAUGCUGAAACGUCUUCCUUCGUCCGAAGCUUUGAACUGAACAUGGAGUUCGACAGCGGAAUGUCUAUCGCGCAUCAGCAUGAUUCUGGCGCCGUUUACGAUUUCCAUCAUGAAAUGCCUAAUGCUCAUGGUGACGAUGUCUUGAGUCUGGAACAUUCCCAACACCGACUAAAGGAUGGUGCAGUUCUGGACUCGCAGAACGAGAAGGGGAUAUCUGCUCCUGGUCCACAUUAUUCCGAGGCCACCUUCUUCCAUCCAAAAAAGUCCAAUGGCUCCGACAACGGCGAUGGGUCCUUCAGCCGUGACACAGUCCCUUCCUACUGCACCCAACCUGAGGGCGAACGUACCUCUGAUUAUGAUAUUGUUUGUUCCGAUGCGAGUGCUCCCAGUUCAUGCGAAAACUACUAUAUUCAAUCCGAGGAUAAAGGCUCUCUCGACUAUAUUCAGCCCUUCGACGCAGAAGUCAAUGAGUGUUUUCAAGAACAGCUAGACGUCUCUGACAGUCUACCUGAUAUCACUCUUGAAGGCCCCUCGUCUGAAACUGACCAAGACAGGACAAGCAAGCAGUCCUCACCAUACGAACGUGAAGGUCUGCCCACCGCUUCGUACCAUGGAAUCGGUAGCGAUACCCCUUCUUUCUUGGACAUGCCUGUUGCAUUCGGUGUCACUUCCGCAUGCGAAGAACCUAUGGAUGUUCAAUUAAAUCUUGACGAUACAGAAUUCGAUGCUGACGAUGAAGGUGUGAAAGACGAUGCCGGAGAUUUGGAGAUGGAAUACGAAUAUGUUCGUUCAGACUUGGAUAUUAGUAUGGCUGACAAUGGGAAUGGGACCCAAACGUUUGCCGAUCACAAUAACUUCAAGGAAGUUCCUCCUACCCCUAUAUCUCCCUAUGUGCGCACCCAUGAGCACCAUCUACAAUGCGUAGAGGAAUCUAAACUUCGUGGCGAUCCUCACAGACGAACUACCCAAACCACUGCUGACAACAAUUACCUGGGAGUCCCACUGACAUCAAUACAAGGCGAUACUUCCAUGUCUGGACCUCGCGGUGCUCGCGGCGUUAAUUAUCAACAAGGGACACCACCUCUCUCACCUUUGUCAGAAAUUCCGGACACGCCAAUGGUCGCAGAUACGUCAGCCGAAGAUGAAAUGUGCUUACGCACAGAGUUAGAGUCUCUAAUAAACAACAACGUCAAAUCGGUCUCGAUGAAAUCUCACUUCCGCUCUCAAAUGAACCAACACCCUUUCGAUAAAACCAAAAUUCGGUCACUUUUGGACAGUUGUUAUCACUACGUUGGUGUACUGACUAACUGCAACCCACCUCCUCCCUCUCCUGAUAUCCCAGUUGACACUAGUCAUCUUCAUACAAGCCCCAAGCCCAAACUCUACAAGCCACCUCAACAUAGACCGCAGAGUAAAGUUGACCUCGCUGAGUACAUUCGUUAUGAAAUGGGCGUUCUUUUGGGACGGGUCAAUGAUCAAAAUGAUCCCGAGUUUGUUGCGAGGCCGCUUUCGACCGUUCCCAGCACUACGAUCGACUCAUGGAGGAGAGGUGGCACUGAUGGUCCUACACUCGAAAAUUUUAUUCUACAACUGUGCGAUGGUAAACAUACACAUUGGAACAAGGCUGCUGCUCAGGUGUUUUCCAUUUAUAUUCGUUCUAAGGAGGAGUACAAAGAUUAUGCCAUCAAAUCAGUGCAGGAAGCGUUUUUCGCACAUCUGUCGCAACUCAAAAAGGAUUUUGAACUUCAGGGACGACCCAAAACCAUAGAUGAAAAGGAUUCAGAACAACGAAUGAGGAGGAUGCGUCGACGAAAUGCGGAACUCCAUCGCCGCAUAUCAUCGUUAAAAACAAUUCUUGCACGCUACCCAAUCCAUAUAUCAAAGGAACUACAUGAGAUGCAUAAAUAUAUAACUGUUGAAUGCAUUAGUGGAGAUGAAUCCGAACCUGGUCCGGAGGCGACUUCGGAUAAGAUAUAUUAUCGAACAAAUCGCGCCUGGAUUUCGCAACAGUUCGCAGAUUUCCUGUACUUGCUUCGUGCUUGGCAUAUUGGAUCUCGUUAUUUAGGAGGUGGGAAGUAUUCAAAUGGUCGUUUUCCUCACCCUCGGUAUCCGUCAUCGCGACCGGAAUCCAUGUUUGAUUCAGACAUAGCACCCCGUGGUCUUCCAAGGAAUUGGUACAACCCAGCUUGGCUUAUGCGCAAUCCUUCCCGAAUGGAAAUCCUAGCUGUUGGUCCAGAUGUCCCCCUUACACUUCCACAAGAAGAGGUACGCUGUAUCUCCCCUUCAGCUUUGCUAGACGUUUCCACCAUGUCAACCAUCGUACAACACCUCCGCUCCCGGAAAAUCAUCCAUCUCUAG